AUGAAUUCAAACGAAGAAAUUAAAUUUGAAACAACACUAAUGCAUGAAGGAGAAACUCGUUAUGCUAUAUUGAAAGAUUUGAUUUCCAAUUCAAAAAGAGUAAAAUACUUUAUUGGUAAAAAAGAAUUGUCUCUAAUCGAUUUAAUAAUUACAUUAGGCGGAGAUGGUACAAUACUACAUACUUCAUGGUUAUACCAGCAUAGAAAUAUUCACAAAAUUCCACCUAUUUUACCAUUUCAUUUUGGUACCUUGGGAUUUUUGACAGUUUUUAAAUUUGAUGAUUACAAAAACACAUUGAAAAAUAUCAUUGAAAAUAAAUUAGUUAAUAUGACGAUUAGAACAAGAUUAGAAUUAAACGAAUUAGUUGUUGACAGAGGUGCAUAUGGCACUAUAAUUGAAUUACAAUUGUUCGUUGAUGAUUGUGAAAUUACUUCGAUUUUAGCAGAUGGAUUGGUUAUAGCUACUCCUACAGGCUCUACGGCUUACUCGUUAUCAGCGGGUGGUUCAUUGGUUCAUCCUGAUCAAAGUUCAAUAUUAUUAACACCAAUUGCUCCACAUACAUUAACCACAAGACCGAUGAUUAUACCUGGAUCUAAAAAAUUAAAAAUACGUGUGUCUAAUACUAGCAAAGUCGCUGGUUGGGCAUCAUUUGACGGACGUAAUCGUAUAAAUCUUGAAAGAAAUGAAUCAAUUCAAGUCACCUCUUCAAUGUAUCCAUUAUUAACAAUUAGUCGUGAAGAAUCUUCAAAUGAUUGGUUUUACAAUAUAAACAAAAUCCUAAAUUGGAAUGAAAGAUCAAUUAGACAAAAUCCAUCAACUUGA